AUGAGAGAAUCCUCAAAGCCGUGGAGACCAUUCACGGCUAAUUGCUGCAGUUCAGCUGAAGAUCAAACAUUCUUUGGCAACUUCAGCAGAUGCAGGUCGUCAAAAUCAGACCUUUCCAAGAACAUUGGUCCAUUACCAUCAUUUAGAAGACUGUCCUUCUCUGAUCUUAGCCAUUCUUCAUCAACACGUAUUAAUGAGGAUCUUGCACAGUCUUUUGGGCCUGACUUGUUUGAUUUUCAAUUGAGUGAGUUACGUGCUAUAACACAGAAUUUCUCUAGCAAUUUCUUGCUAGGAGAAGGUGGGUUUGGGACCGUGCAUAAGGGUUAUGUAGAUGACAAUUUGAGGCCAGGUUUGAAGGCUCAGGCUGUUGCUGUUAAGCUUCUUGACAUUGAAGGCCUGCAAGGUCACCGUGAAUGGCUGGCGGAAGUAAUAUUCUUGGGGCAACUUAGACACCCAAAUUUAGUUAAAUUGAUUGGCUAUUGUUGCGAGGAAGAAGAACGACUUCUUGUCUAUGAAUUCAUGCCUCGAGGCAGCUUAGAGAAUCACUUGUUCAAAAGGAUUUCAGUGUCCUUGCCAUGGGGCACGAGGUUAAAGAUAGCGAUGGGAGCAGCCAAGGGGCUAGCCUUCUUGCAUGGUGCUGAGAACCCUGUCAUAUACCGUGACUUCAAAACUUCCAAUGUGUUGCUUGAUUCUGAUUUUACGGCUAAGUUAUCAGAUUUUGGACUCGCAAAGAUGGGACCUGAAGGAUCAGACACACAUGUUAGCACUCGAGUGAUGGGCACCUAUGGAUACGCUGCCCCCGAAUAUGUCUCAACAGAGCUGCUCACCGGAAGGAGAGCAACUGAUAAGUCAAGACCAAAGGGUGAGCAAAACAUCGUUGAUUGGGCAAAACCUUACUUAACCAGCAGUCGCAGGUUGCGGUGUAUUAUCGAUCCAAGACUUGCAGGGCAGUACUCUGUCAAGGGAGCAAAGCAAAUGGCCAUGCUAGCAUUACAAUGCAUAAGUUUAAACCCCAAACACAGGCCCAAAAUGCCAUCCAUUGUUGAAACUCUUGAAGCCCUACAACAGUAUAAGGACAUGGCCGUAGCGUGUGGGCAAUGGCAAGCAUCACCAAAAUCUACUACGAGAAAGGGAAUUUCCCCUGGAGGAAGGUUGGAAAGUAGAGGCGCAAGUUAUAGGAAAUCAGCACCAGUUACAUCAAGCAAGAAAGCAUAG